AUGUCCGAGUCUAUGAAUCAAGAAGCCAACGUAUUGAUUAAAUCCAGGAGCCAUGACCUAGAUGAUGCAAGCGCCGGACAGUUCCAUGACACCUUUGCCCUUAUCAUCGGUAUCAACGAGUACAAGAGCAACGACGUCCACAAUUUGAAUGGGUGUGUGAACGAUGCGAAUCUGAUCUACACAUUCCUCCGAGAAACCCACCAAGUGCAUGAUUCCCACAUCGUUUAUCUCAAGAACGAGGCUGCUACUCGCGAGGCCAUUAUAGGGUGCAUCAAAUCUCACCUCAUAAAAAACGACAACAUUGAUACAAUGAUCCUAUUCUCAUUUACUACGCUGGUCAUGGCGGCCGAGUCCCUGCUCCGAUGGGGUGGUAUUCUGAUGACAAUCAAAUCGAAACUAUCUGUCCUCAUGACGAGCACUGUCAUCUUCGAUUCCUGUCAUUCGGGUGGUAUUGCGCGUGACCCUGCUGCCGGCAAUGUUCGGGCUAUACGCAAUCCAGCGCCAAUCUUAAAUAAGAUUGACAGUGACAUCUUAGCGUCGACAUCUCAAUCGUCUCAGGGUGGAUUCCGCACUGCUAUCUCCUCAUAUGUCCUUCUUGCUGCCUGUCGGCAAGAAGAAUCUGCACGAGAAGAUCUUGGAAGUCCAUGUCAUGGCAUAUUCACAGCUAGCCUUCACAGAGCUCUCACGGAAUCCUAUGGGCAGAGGAUUACAUAUGCCAAACUGAUGGCACGCGUCGUCUCCUUGUGCACUGGCCAGAUACCGCAAUACGAAGGAGCCUUCAAUCGAUUCCUACUCACUUUGAAACACGAGAACGUUAUAGAAUAUGACGUGACCGUAUCGGAAGAUGGAAAGUAUACCAUCAAUGCCGGGAGAAUUCACGGAGUCACCAAGGGUACAGAAUUCGCUGUAAGACCCAAAGGCGAGCCUUCUGUCGCUCUCUUGGCUGACAAGGUUGGCGCUACUUUAUCCACCCUGGUCACUUCGCCCGAGAAAGGACAGCCCAGCUUCCCAAACGGCACGAUUUCAGUGCUCUCAAAAUUCGCUUCGGAUGAUGCAGGGUUAAAAGUCUUCGUCAAUUCUACCAGGCACCCAAACCUCGCUGACGGCUUGAGGCAUCUCGCAAACACCGUCUACUCUUCACCAGCGCGGUUCCUCCUAUGGGAUCAGCGUCCCACAGCCGACGUCGAGAUCACGCAGGAUUCCAAUGGAGAUUUCAUCAUCGAGAGGUUGGACAGUCUCACACAGAAAUACAGCAAACCUAUCUUUCAACCAAAGAUCAAAGAUGAUCUCAAUGCCUUAUCCUCAAAGCUGUCUGUCAUUGCCCAUUUCAAUUAUCAUCUGAGACGACAGCAUGCAGGCCAAAUGCUCUGCGACGUUUCAAACCCCACAUCGGACGAUCCAAUGACGGGUGUAACGCUGGAAUUACACCGCUUGGUUGAAGGCGAAUACAUGGUGGACUCCCAUAGUCUACUGUUCAAGAACGUUGCUUGUCAGACAUACGACAAGGAUGCCCAAUACGCAAUUGGAAUACGCAAUCAUUCCAGCAAAGCCCUAUUCCCGUAUGUAUUCUCGUUCGACCCUUCGGACUAUGAAAUCCAAUUGAUCUACCAUCCAGAAUCGCCUACGAUGUCGCCUCCUUUGGCUGUCAUGGAUCAGAAUUCCAAUAUGAAACCAUUCAUCAUUGGUCCUGGACCGCAUGGCAGCGGACCCAUCAAUUUCACCUUGCUACCGGAAGAGCAAAGCGCCACAACAGUAUGUCGACAUGCAUGGAAUUCAGACGGCCAAUGA